AGAAGAUAACGUGUUUGUCCGAAAACGCAAAACUUUUUUUAACUGCAUUAGUGACGUGUUAGCGUUGAUUGCCCUAAAAAACAGUCGUGUCACUUCCCAAGAAAUACUAGGCAUGGAAUAAUCCUUUUUCCAUUUUGCGCCCGAGCAAUCAUGCAUGCAAACCUGAAUUCAAGAACUGAACGGCACUAACGUGGCGGGUCCAGUCAAAGCGUAGGGAUGGAUUGGAUUCUCAAAACGACAAGAAAAACCGCACCUCCCGGUCUCCAAGAUGACCCGUCACACCAUGAAACCUGUAUCGGGACAGCACGGCCGGACAAUCAGCAUCCGAAGCGAGCAGGGAAAGCAAAGACGACUGCAUGCAGAGCCAGAGCUGCCUGCCGGCACGCCGCCGUACAGCCCCGCAGCGAUCUGUCUGCCGGAGCAGACACGCAGAGCAGGGGGGGCCUGGCUGCCUGCCGGUCGAUCGAUCAGCGACGAUGCAUGCAGCGUCCCGUUUCCCGAGAGAAAACGCCCCCCGCGACUGCGCAAUGAUUGGCGCCCGCGGCGGCCACCGGUCCGGUCGUCCGCGCCAUGCCGCACACGUCGCGUCCCAUGUCACCGUGCCUCGGACGGCGCGCGCGCCCCCACCCCUGUCCCUCGCGUCGCGGCGAGCGAGAGCACCGUCGCGUGCCCCGCCCCGUCAAUUCCAUGUCCCCCCGGCCGGCCCAGCGUCGGGGCGUCGCCUUGUGUGCACUGGUGCGCGGCGCCAUUGGCCGGGACGGGAGGGGGUCCGGCCUGCCGGCCUCAAAAGAGCCGCCCGGCCCAGCGCCUCCCUCGCUGCAUCGACCGCGUCCUUUUCCCCCCUUUCCCUUUUCUCUCCCAUUCAGGGCACCUCGGCUGGGUUCGCCAGACCUGCUCGCGCCGCACCGCUCGCUUCCACGGGAGAUAUUCUCCGGCCACCACCACCACCGCUAGGCAACAAGAAUAUACUGCGCCGGUGCGCCCCACCACCCCCUUCUUGUCGUGUUUUCUCUUCGUGAAGGCUGCGAGCUAAAGCCUUGGCCUUGGCGGUCAUAUUGAAGGAUCUGGAAGAGGUGAUGCGUACACCUCUUCUUCAUGGGGUUGCGUGAUCUGAUCGGGAGGACUACCAUUUUGGCGGUCAAUUAGACCAAACUUUCCUUUCACUAGCUUGUCUCCCCGCUUUGCCUCUUUUCCUUUUUCUGAGCCAUGCCUUUCAUGCUCUUGUCACAUACUCUUGCAGUGUGUACCAGCCUGCUGCUUUUCCUUUGAGCAGGCUACAUAGAUACUCUGGUCUUGCCUUGCCUUGCCUCAUCAUAGUAUAAAACGAGGCGUGCCUAGGCCACCCUGGUGUGUGUGAUACGUAGACACUGACCCACCAUCUUGGGCUAGCAAGCAAGCAAGCUAGGCAUCCAUCCAUCCGGCCGGCAAUGAGGAAGGGCAGCGAGUGCACCAGGAUCAGCCCGGAGACCACCACCAGCGCCAACCCUAUGUUCUCCCGGCAGGCCAGCAGGUCCGGCGCCCGGACGGAACGGGACGCCCGGCCGAGGCAGGCGCGCGGCGGCUGCCGCCUGCUGAGGACCGCGCGGUGGACCGCCGCGAGGUUCUACCGGCGCGCGAGGGUGAGCGUCGUCACGGCCUUCUGGUCGGCGCCGAGCAGGAGAGGCUCUUCCAGUUCCACUUCCAGUGCUGCUUCACGCUCGCCGGAGUAUACGCCGGCGAGGAACAGCAGCAGGCGGCAGUCCGGGCCGGUGGCCGUCGCCGAUGACUCCCACAAGAGCGAAGCCGUGGAGGAGUGCAUCAGGUUCAUGAACUCCUCGUCCAGGAAGUAUCGCUAGUUUUUUUGUGAUUCUGUUUCUACCCUCUGCGCCGAUGCUAAGCGUCUUCCCCCCUGUAAUUUUCCCCCCUUCUUGUUCUUGGCCUUUCAUCUGUGUGCGCAUUUGAUCUAAGCUUGCGGAAAUGAUACGUACGGCCGGAUGCAUCUUUCUCA